AUGACCGUCUUAUUGUCUCAUUUUUGUCCCAUUUCCCUUUCUUCUUUCAGCCUGAUUUGCUAUUCCCGACAAUUAUUCUCUAUCAUCACCCAGUGGGUUUGCAUCUCGCCAGAGUCGACCUUUGACAGCCUUCGGUUCGCUUCGUUUGAUGCUGGAGAUAACUUAGUCGGCACUUCACUUCUUUCUAGUUCUCUCUUAUUGACUAACUCUUCGUUGCCAUGGUGCAUACGGACUCUUCGUUCCGCUUCUACUCGUCUUCGCGAUCAGUUCACUCAGAAUGCCAUCUCUCCAGCCACUACAGAUAAUGCCAGGGUUCCUAGUAAUAAUGAAGCUUUUCCCCAUCUAACAGGAAGUUUUGGGUCCACCAUUCAAGCUCGUUCGACUGUUCAUGCCCUGCCGACGAAACUGAAUUCUAUGAUUCAGCAAAUGCGCGAUUAUAUUGAUGUUUUUUAUAAUGACAUGUGA